AUGCAUGCACCAUGUUGGACAUGCCGCAGUCGCACUAUCCAAUGUGACCAAACCAGCAUCCCUUGCGCUAAGUGCGAGAAAGCUGGGCUGGAAUGCUUUGAAAAAAGACCGCUACGAUGGGUCGAAGGUGUGGCAAUUCGGGGUAAAAUGCGCGGUCGUGUUCUUGGAGGGGAUCCUAAGGACUCUGGUAAAAAUCCAGUUGCGCAGCUAAAGCGGAAACAAAUCUUACACUCCUGCGCUAAGUCUUUGGCAACCAAUAUUACUCCCCCGUUCGCAUUACAAGACCCUUGCAUACACGAUCUCGAUUGGUCAUCGAGAUUCUACCUUGAUUAUUGUGGGUUUAUAGAGACAUUAAUGUUCCCGUGGACAAAAGAUAACGUACGCAUCGCCAAGUUGUACAUUCUAUAUGACAGUGAGAGGAACCCGUUUAGGACUUUACUCACUUACGCUAUGGAUGAUUUAAUCUUGCGAAAAUGUAUAAUUGCUGUUGCGGCACGACACUUCGCCAAUACAGGCCGGUCAUUCGAUCAGGCCGAUGACGCUUUAUCCCCUCGGUUUGUCAAUGCCAAUUUGGAUGCACUCAAUUUCAAAAAGCAAACUAUCAAGGCAUUGUCAUUGUCAUUGUCAAUGUCCCACCUGGAGCGUUUUCACAAGGACAAGAUAAUGGCAACUAUUCUCCUUCUAAUUUUCCUUGAUCUCCUCGAGUCUGGCAUCGACGGUUGGAAAUAUCAUCUCCAUGGUGCAGAAGGCCUCGUCAAUCUUUCUCACUCGCUGCUGAAACCUGGUGUCAGUGAAUAUGUCAACAGCGACCCUGGAGAGACAGUAGAGGAGACAAGGCGAUUUAUCGCCCGACAGUUUUCGCUUAGUAUCUCAACCAUCGGAGGUGCACUUUCGGAUUCGAAGUCAAGGCCUGAGUUAUGUAUCAAUUUUGAUGAAAGCAGGUAUCAAGAGUCCAUGAUUAGAAGCUUUCUGGGAUGUCCUGGAUUCCUUCUGGGAGCUAUCCGUUACUUCUCCAACCAAAGAUACAUGAUUGAGAACUUAUACAUACACGGUGAUAUCUCGCUUCACGAGCAGAUACGAAAUACUCUGACCAUGCUUGAGCUGACAGUAAACUUUGAUUGUCUGAAAUGGGCGUCAGAUUCCGUGCAACCAAUAGCUUCCUCGACAGUGGAGAUUCAGAAGCUUUUUUUGCUAUCUCAAGCAUACAGAACUGCCACGGUGCUCUAUGGAAACCGAGUCCUUUGUGCUUUCAAGACAUCAACCAGGACCAUAGCAUUUGACAACAAAGAGUUAGUGUCACGAUUACUUGACGUGAUCGACUCUCUCAAAUGCGACGCGGCUUUGUUCAAGUGCCUACUGUGGCCGACCUUCAUUGCCGGUCUUGAAUGCCAGUCUCAUAGCGAGCAAAAGCUGGUCAUUAAAUCUCUAAAGAUGCUUUGGAAUCUGACCUGUUGUUUGAAUGUGAUAAACGCUUCAAGAAUUUUGCAUGACUAUUGGAAGCGAAAGCAUUUCGAUAGCAAUCUGGCGCCAGAGGAAUCUGAAUUUCAUGUGAUAGAACAAGGCUGGCUGCUAAUUUGA